AAAAGACUUUACUGUCUGAAGAAGAAGAACCCUAGGAUACAGUAAGACCCUAGAACAGAGUAAGACCAAGAUUUCCAUUUGCGAGAACAAUGUCUCGGUUUUUCUUCGGACUAGCUAACCUCUCUCCAGUCAGCGAUGUACUAGCCCACAAAAGGAGGAGAUUUCGUUUGUUUUCAUCUUCCCUAGCCACCACUACUCCGUACUUGUCCCUGGGCGAUACGCUUAAGAAAGACUCGCCGGAUGAUUGCACCGAAACAAGAGAUGUUGUCUUCUUCGAUCCGGUCAAGGAAGAGAGGCUUACCGUCACUGACAAAACCUUUCCCCAAGAGCUCGUCCACUCGAGGCAGAUAGGGAGUUCUCAUGGAUGGGGGCUCUCUAGAGAUGGUGAGCGUUCCGUAUGUAUGAGCAACGUUUACCAUCCCUCGUCUCCCAAAUCAAACCCCGAGAUUAUCCCUCUGCCUUCUCUUACUGCUCUGCCAGAUAACCAAACCGGAGUCGUCUGGAACGUGGCGAUGUCUUCUUCUUCUCCUUCUGAUGAUGAUGAUGAAGACUGUGUGGUUGCUAUCAAGUUCUUGGGCAAUCAGCUCAGUCUCUGCCGACCCAACCGUGACUUGCGUUGGACCAACGUUGAGACUUUGGGUAUGUUGGAAACAUCUAAUCUCAUGUAUUCCGAGAGAGACCAAAGAUUCUACUUGCCUGCUCCUGGAGGCAACGCGUUGUACUCUUGGGAUCUCCACUUGAACAAAAGCCCUGAGUUACAUCAGGUUGUGUUCCGCGACCUUCCUGAGUUGGCUGAGUCCGAGUGGGGUUUGCUGGAUAUGGUGUGUAGCAGGACGGAACACUGUUACUUGAAUAAACGAGAGAGAAAGUUUGUUACAUGAUGAUGAACUUUUCUUCUUAUUCAAGUUAAUCUUAUCUGUUA